UCCCAUUUGUUGUUCCGCAGUGUGUACACACUGGCACCCGACCAUUUUUAAUUCUCAUAAGAAAAACACAUUUAACUCUCGAGUUCUGUUUUCUGCUUCGAUUUUCGACGUGCGUGUGUACCGAUACGAAAUCCGCCACCCAUGAGCUGGACAGUGCAAUUGAAUUAGUGUGCUAUUGUCCAGUGCACGCCGCUGCCUGAUGGAUGAAAAUGCUGCCUGCAGCCGCUUUAAAGUGACAGGAUUAGGAACUGUGGAAAGAGGAUAAACUGAAUUUGUGCAACGAACCGCUUGAUCCAAUAGUGGCCUCCACAUGAAGACCAUGUCGCGCUUCGGCCUGCGCCGCGGCUUCAAGCUCUCCGAGGAGCAGCAGCAGGUCAAUGGCAAGAACAGCAGCGGUAGCGCCAUGGCGGCCACGCCCCCCAAUCCAACACAGUCGCGUAAGAAACGGCAAUUGUUGGAGCCACCGGAACCUGAACCGCCAGUUGGAGAUCAUCACCAUCACCAGCAUCAGCCGGAGCAGCAGGAUAUGAUGCAGGAUUAUCAGGAGCAGGAGCGUGAACCGUUAUCCCUGAUCUGUAGUCUACCGCUGGAACGAUUGCCGCGUCUGGUGGAGAAGCUGCAGCUGCUCAACGAGGAAAGGCUGGAACGGGAACGGGAGCGAGAACGGGAACGGGAACGUGACGAUGGCUCCUCCAUCUAUGGCCAUUCGAAGGUCCUGUGUCUGUACUGUGAUAGAAAGUUUGCGUCCAGCAAGCUGCAGGCCAAGCAUGUGGACAAGUUCCAUACGGAGCGGCAGGAGCGACGCUGCAGCGGACGCUCCACCAGCUCCACCAACACUCAGUGCACUAGCUCCUCCGGCUACCCCGGCUGCCAGAUGUGCGGCCCGCCGGCGAAUAGACGUUCCCAGGCCCAGCCCCAGCCCCAGAUCUGUCUGCCGGCGAAGCAUUUGGAGCAAUUGUUCCAGCACCUCAGCGAACAGCAUGCGGACAAGUACUUUGGCUGCCGGUCGUGUCGUCUGCGCUUCCAGGACGCCGAUCACCUGGCCGGCCAUCAGCGGCAGCAGCAUCACCAGCAUCUGCCCGCCACCAUGGCCACGCCGGAGUCGGCCGGAGCUCAACACAAGCCGGGUCUGAUGGGCGCCGAUGAGCCGGUGCUCUUUCGUUUGGGUCUCACCCAGAAUCGUUUGCCCGGCAAUCGAAAUCGUGGCCAGCGCAAGGAGGAGGAGCCACCGCCCCUGGCCACGCCCGCCAGCAAGUCGAGGAGCAGCAGUCGUGCGGCGGCCCAACGGCAGCAACAACAACAACAACAGCAGCAGCAUCAUCAGCAACAACAACAUCAACAGCUACAACAACAACAACAGCAGCUCCAACAGCCAUCCCUACAGACUAUAUCGUUGCCAUCGCAGCAGGAUUCCAUGCAUCCGGAGGCGAUCUUUCGGCUGCCGAAUAUGGCGGCGACUGCCUCCGCCUUUGACGACAACUUCUAUCGGGAUGUGGUUAACAAUGUGCGGCACAACCUGCAGAAUCAUCUGGACGGAAGGAUAUUCAGUUCGUCCAUGACCACCACUACCACCACCACAUCCACCAGCACCAGCACCAGUAAGCAGGAGCUAUUCCUGCUGCACGGACCCAGUACCCAGUCGAUGGGUGCCGGCGGAGCCACAUAUCCCACACUGCUGACCGCCGAGCAGUUUGGCGGCCAUGGAGCCGGCAGUGAACUGCUGCCGAUGGCCAAGUUCCGGCGGCGGCCGCACACAAAGCACAGCUGGAAGUGGAAGUGGGACUAUGUGAAGAAGUUCACCCUGAUCAACGAGGGCGGGCGGCUGGUGAAGAAGCCGAAGCAGCCCAGCUGCCUGGGCCAGCGCGAUCUCUCCAAGCUGGACAUGUGGACGCAGCUGACGAUGCGCCAGAAGCACGAUCUCUCGACGCUCUCCCUGACGCUGGCCGAGCAGGAGCUCGACCAGGAGCAGCGCCGUCUGCUGGAGCAGCUCAAUCUGAUCCUUGACCACCGCCUGUUGCCGCACAUCAUCCUGGAGCAGAACGAGCAGGCGGUGAUUAAGUGCGAGCAGGACGAUGACGGGGACGAGGACGACGAAGAUGGUGUCGGGUCGAGACACCGGGAUCCGGCGGAUGAUCUCCUCACCCAGGGAUUCGCCGACGAGGGAUUCCUCUCGCUGCUGCAGCUCCAGCCGAAGCCCAGUCGAAGCACUGCCACCAGUCACCUGGUGCGCAGCUCGGAGGCGGUGGGGCGGGGCGAGGAGCGGAUCCGGAGCCGGCUGGUGCUGAGCGGGGAGUGGGCGCGACCGCGUCUGUACCUGUGUAUCUGCUGCGGCGCCAAGUUCGAUCAGCGCAAGUCCCUGGAGGAGCACAAGACCUUCCGCCACUCGCACAUCUACGCCACCCACUACGAGGUGGUGGGCCGGGAGCUGCUGGCCGGGAAUCUUCUGCGGCAUCUGUUCAUACCCAAGCGGGCGCUAGGGCGGUUCGCCUCUGCCACCAACUGCCUUCGGUGGCCGCAGGUUCAGGCCCAGUCGGGUGCCGGGUCGGCGGGGCAGCAGCCCAAGCAGGAGCCGGAACGCCUGCAGCCGGAGGAGGAGACCCGUUCGUCCGCCUCGUCGCGCUCCUCGUACGAAGUGUCCACCCCGACGCCCCUAUCCGGACUGGAGCAGCAGCAGCCGUCUCCUGCCUCGGCCUCCGGCUCUGGCGGCUCCUCCUGUUCCCCCAGCUCAUCGUCUGCCUCCACCCCCAUGUCCAACUCCAUGUCCAUGUCCAUGUCUAUGUCGAUGUCGAUGUCCACUUGUACUAGCUCCACCAACACCUGCUCCGCCUCCUCGUCCUCUGCCUCCGCCCCGUCGAGCUGCACCAAGUGCGGGCGCAAGUGCAGCGGCCUCAUGGAUCUCUACCGGCACAUGCUCGACUGCUCCGGCGACUAUGUGUGGUCGCUGGCCAAGAAGCGCAAGUAUCGUUACUACUGCGGCACCAAGAAGCGUCGCGCCUUCUCCAAGAAGCGACUCAAGCAGUUCUCCGCCCGCAAGAAGGAGAAGCUGGAGGUGGAGGUCGAUGCGGAGGCGGAAGGAGAGGAGGAGGGCGAUGUGGCCGAGGGGGAGGAGAGCGGCUCCGGGUCCUCCAAGUUGAAGAACUCCCCCCGCCAACGGCCCAGCGACGCGGAGUCCAUUCGCAAGAUGCUGGAGAACUUGCCCGCCAAACGCGUCUGCAAGAAGAUCUUCCCGGUGGACAACAAGGCGAAGCGGAAGGCCAAGUCGAUGGUCAAGUCGAUGGCCAAGUCGCUGGCCAAGUCCAAGUCCAAGUCAAAGUCGAAAUCCAAACAGCAGCGAAGCAGCACCAAGAGGAUCUACAAUCAGCAUCUGUUGCGGACGACCCGCUCCCGGUCCAGAUCCUCACUGGUGGCCACGGCGUCCGCGGGACGCAAGCAGAAGCAACAACAGCAGCAGCAGCAACAACAGAAGAAGCUCCAAAAACAGAAGCGACAACAGCAGCGACGUGCCAAGCUGGAGCGCACCUCCAAAUCCCCGCCAGAAACGCCAGAACAAGGGGCUAGCAAGCAGGAGCCGGGAAAAAUCAGUACCACCACCAACACCACCACCACUACCACCACUGCCAUUGUCCAGACCAAGUCAAGAUCUCCCGCUGUGGACAGGCCCCAGCCACUGGCGCUAUCUCUUCCACUACCCGAGCCAGUUAAUCCGCUACCGACCCCCAGCCAGGAGUCGGAGCCGGCCUCGCCCACGCCCAGCAAACAACUGAUGCCCACGCCGCCCACAACACCGGCUCCGGCCACCAAGUCGCCGCCGGUUCUGGCCGCCACUGCGGCGGCGGGGACAGCGUCUACUCCACGCCUCGUCAAUCUCAACCCGAAUGUGAAGCGGAGUAAGAGGAUCAGCGACUGCAUCGCCAUGCUCACCGGCAAACUGGAGGAGAAGCUCAAAACGGAACAGGUGCCGCCGCCAAAGGAGAAGCCGCCCAAGGAGAAGGAGAAACCGGAGGAGUCGCUGCCCUCCAAGGAGCUGCCGGAGCCGGCAAAAGCCCCACCAGAGGAGCCACUGCAGCCGAAGACACCGAAACGGAAGGCGGUUUCGCGACGAAUCAUCAAGAUGGAUGUGACGCCGGAAGCUCCGGUUGUGGAGAAGCCACCGGUGGUGGAUGGGCGGGAGGCAGCUGAGAGGAUUCCACAGCCACAACCGCAGGUCGAGGUUUCUGUUCCGGUUCUGCCCGCUGCUCCUCCGCCGCCCCUGCCACUGCCUACUGCUACCUCGGCCGCUCCUCCGCCUGCUCUGGCGGCCACUCCCGUUCCUAUUCCGGUCGUGCCCGUGCCCGUGGAAGUGCCGCUUCCGGUUCCACCGGCCCUUCUGCCCCCCACCAGGCGUACGCCCACUAAAGCGGCUGCCAAGCAAAUGGUGGCUCCACCUCCGCCGGCCAAACCAUCCUCGCUGGCCGCCCUGAAGCAGUAUCCGCCGCUGGAACCGCCAUCGAUGGCCCUGCCGGCGCAGGUACCGCUGCCCCCCGCCAAUCCGGCACCUGUUCCUCUUCAGUUACCUUUGGGCAUGCCCGGGAUGCCGGCACCGUUGCCAGCUCCGCUGCCCGUUCCGGUCAAGAUGCUGCCGAAGCUGCCGCUCUACAUGCCCCAGUUGCCGGGCAAUCCGGCCGCUCCGAAUCCGAUGCCCACGGCUGCCAAUCCUCCGGCUGCUGCCACCAUGUUCGUGAUGGAUUCCCAGCCCCUGAACCUGACCAGCCAGCGUGGUGUCCUUCAGAAGCCGUUGCUGGGAGUGGGCGUGUCGGGAGAUCCCGGCCUGGUGGGAGCACCGCAUCACCGGGCUGGUGGCAUGCCGGCCAGGCGGCAGACGAUCUGCGGAUUCGAGGCGCGCAAUCUGCUCAGCAUGGAGAUGGACAUGGAGCCGCUGGAUCUGUCCAAGAAGUCGAGCCGGAAGUCAUCGCCCGUGCCGCCGACACGGAUGCCACAAAUGCCAUUGCCCCUAGUCACCGGAGCUCCUCCUCCGCCAGCGUCGACUGCCGUUCCCGUACCCGUCCCGGUUCCAGUUCCAGUGGCUGCCGCUCCCCUGCCGCCUCUGCCGAUCCCUCUGCCGGGAGCCGCUCUGGCGGCGCACUACUACUCCAAUCUGGACCUGCUGAAGAUACCACAGGUGCGCAACCCCGGCACCGGUGUGGUGGUGGCCUCUGCCGUGCCGCCUCCAGUUCCAGUGCCCGUGGCCGUUGCCACGCCCGCCCAUCCCGUCAAGACCCCGAGCGGCAAGAAGCGUUCCCUGGAGAGCUCCGCCGGCACCAAGAAGGAUCAUGGAAAGAGCCAGAUGAAGUCGUGUCCGCGGAUGGACGAGGUGGUGAACAACCAUAUCGAUGAUGCCAUCAAUUCCGUCAUUCUGGCUGGCCAGGCGAGUCUGCCGGACGAGGACGACGAGGAGGAGCAGAAGGAGAAGGAGCGCGAGCGGGAAAGGGAUCUUGAGAGGGAGCGGGAGCGAGAACGAGAUCUGGAGAAGGAAAAGGAGUUGGAGAAGCUGGAGAGACUCAGGAAACUGGAGGAGCCGUUCGCCAAGUCGGGCAACUGCAUCCUGCCCCUGGCACCCGCUUCGGGAUUACUGUUUCCGCCAGUUCUGGAGAAGCUACCUCUUGCUGCACCUCUGCCAGCACCUCUGGCCGCUGUUCCGGCCCUCCCAUCGGUUGUGGUCGCUCCGGCUGUCCCGGCGACUCCCACUAUUCCGGUAGCCGUCGCCGCCACAGUUCCCGCUGCUCUUCCGGCGCCAGCCACUGCUUCCAUUCCUGUCCCGGCACCAGCUGCGGCUCCCGCCCCUGCUCUUGCUCCCGUUUUUACGCCAACUCCGGCUCCAGUGGUGGCCUCGCCUGCUCCUCCCAAGAACCUGACGCCCAAGAAGCGUUCCAUGCGCUCCCGCACCAUCGACUGUCGUUCGGCUCUGCUGCCCCUGGACGAGAUUACCCCGGCGGCUGUUCCCAUACUCCCGCUGGCCGUGAAUGGUGAUCUCAAGGAGGCUUCUCCUAUGCCCAGCGCCAAGCGCAAGGAUGCGGCUCCUCCACCCGCCCUAGUUGAAGACAAGAAGCUGGAGCCGAUCCUGCCCGCCACACCACCGCCCGUGAUAGAACCUGUGCCGGCCGAGGUCCCGCCACCCGCUCCUGUGCCCGUCUCCGUGAUCUCGGUGGCGCCAGCGCUUCCCAGCCACCUGCCUCCUCGCAGUGCCACGCCCACCAGCACCCAGCAUGAGACGAACUGCAGCUCCCUGCUGGAGGAGCAGAACAGCAGCAACAUGAACAACAACACCUCGUCGGGCUUCCACAGCUUGGCGCAGUCGGAGCAGCCGGUGACCAACACGGCGCCGCCAUCAGAAGAGCCCACGCCCAUCGAACCGGAGGUCGGGGCCGCGAAGGAGCCGGAGGAGGAGAUGCCCGUCAAGAAGAAGCAGCGGCGACGGCGGAAGAACGAGCUGGCCGCCAUCGUGGCGGACCAGCUGCUGGAGAGCUUCAAGAUCGACAACGCCCGCCGGGACAACCUCAAGAAGCUGGAGAACCUGGCGUACGAGAAGAGCGAGGACCUGCUGCUCACCGGAAUGCUGCUGAUGUCCAGUACGAAGCGCAACGCCGCCCUCGCGCCCGCCGCCAAGCUGGCCAAAAACGAAGCCGAGUCCGUGACGGAUGCGACUCCAAAUCCGCCGGCACGGGGCAGGCCGAAGCGGCGCCAGAGCUGUUACUAUCGGCGGGGCAAGGCGGCGCUCGACGGCGGCAAGGGCACCGGCGGCGGAGGUACGGCCGGUGGGGUGACCAACGACAACAUCAGCGCACUGAAAUCCUCGCUGGAAUCCUUCUCCAUCGGCAUCGAGAAGCAGCUGAAGCAGCGCGAGGCCAAGGAAGCCAAGGAGGCGAAGGAGUUGGGGGCGUCGGCGGCUCAGCUGCCGGUCAGCUCCAUCCUGCGUCCCAGCAUACUGAGCAGUGCCGCCGCCAGGGAUCCGCGCGGCCAGCAGAAGCCUCCGACAGGCAAGGCCGGCCGGCAAGAGAAGCAGGAGAAGAUUAGCGCACCCGCCGCGGCGGCACCACCCACCUACAGUCGGGAUCCGCGCCUGAACAAGAACAUCCACAAGACGGGACCCGCCGAGCAGCCGAAAUCGGCGCAUACCGGCGAGAAUCCCAAUCCCGAGGAGGAGGACAACUACCUGACGGAGAUCGCCAAGAACGUGAACGAGAAGAUCAUGUCGGCCACCACCAACGAGGACUUUGAGUUCGCCAACGAUGAGUUCGACGGGGACGGCGAUCCGGAUGGGGAUCAGGACCAGGACAACGAUCGCUACCGCCCGCCCACGUCCAUGAGUGUGCGCAGCGCCCCCAACCUGAACGACGAGCACUCCAAUUUCGGCUCCAUGUGCGACGACAACACCAACACCGAGGUGAUGGACAUGGACCUGGACGACGAAAUGAGCGUGUACACCAGCUACUCCCAGGAUCUGGGCAGGGGCGGACGGGGCAGGCGGCGGCGACGACGCCGCAGUGUCCUGUUCACCCGCCGGCCCAAGAAGCGGGCGCAGCGCAGCGAACUGGACGCGGAGAAGUACGGGUGCCAGCUGUGCGGCAAGUCCUUCUUCACGGCCACCUCGCUCUCCAAGCACAACAUGACCCUGGCCCAUGUCUCCAAGCUGUCGGCCCAGGAGUACCUGCAGUCGCAGACGGCGCCCUCGAGUCCGCAGGAUCAUCGCGAACUGGAGCGGGAGAAGCACUCGAUGGACGCCCAGCCACUAAGGCCAGUGGAAGCACCAUCCCUGGCCGUGGCCCAGCAGCAGAUGCGGGCCUCGGUUCUGAUGCUGCCCUCCCAGAUUGGUCAGUCGGAGCGAGAGCGGGAACGGGAAAGGGAGCGAGAACGCGACAGGGAACGGGAGCGGUUGCUGCUGGAGCAGGAACGGCAGCUGGAGCGGGAGGAGCAAGUGCAUCAUGUCAUAACCGAAGCCAGUUUGAGGCUCCACGACAACCAGCACAGUCCCACCGCCCCCUCGGCAGCUCGCCUCAACCUCAAUCCCGACGAGCGCCUCUUCUACGAGUGCUGCAACAUCCUGAAGAGCGCCGAGCGCGGAGGCGGCAAUGGAGGAGGAGGAUCCUCGGCCGGGCCCACGGCCACCUCGGUGAUUGUCACAGCUGGCAGGAAGCAGCCCCUGCCGCCGCCAGCAUCGCCUUCGCCGUCGCCAUCACCGUCGCCUUCGCCUCCGCCGCCGGCCUCUCCAUCGCCCUCACCAUCGCCAUCGCCGCCGCCAAUGCCAGUGGAUCCCAGGACACCCCGUUCUCUAGUGGCGGCGCCGGCCCCUCCCCCGCCCGUCCCUCAGCCAGCAGCUCCGGCCGUCUGCCACCAGCCGGUGAUCCAGCAGCUCUUCCGCAAUCCUCCAGCCGUCACGCCCACCACCACGCCCACGAACCACCAUCGGAUGUCGCCCAGCUACUCGGCCGUCUCACAGUUCUCGGGCACCACCACCACCUCGCGCUUCAAGACGAAGGCCGCCAUGAAGGGCUACGAGAAUGUGCCCCUCCAGCUGGACAUGCUGGACCUGCCCAAGUCCGGCCGGGUCCAGGUCUGCAAGCUCACGGAGCUGGCGGACAUCGCCCUGGGCAGCGAGAAGCCGGGUGGGGACUUCCUUCCGCAUCUGCCGCCUGCAAAUGCGACACCGCCAGUGCCACCGGCAGCGCCCCCGCCGGCCGCGAUGCAGCAGACCAUGACGGUGACGCCUACGGGCACGCCCACCGUGACACCGACGGGGCCCAUGGAGCAGCAGCAGAGCUCCACGUCCUCGAAGACCAUCAUGCACGCCUCGAUCAUCAAGGCGGCGGCGGGCGUGGCCAGCUCGGCAACCCUGCCGCCUGCCUCCGGACGGAUCAUCAUUCCGGAGCGGCCGUUCAAGAACAUCGGGCUGGAGGAGAAGGCGCCCAUCACGUUCCAGAAGCCGAAGACGUGCGUCAACCUGCUCCAGGAGCAGGACAACAACAGCGUCUCCACGGCCAGCUACUCGGAUCGGGAUGACUACGACUUUGGAACGCUGAGCUGUGACGGAGAUGUGGACCCGGAACCGGAGCCAGAGCCGCCGAUCAGGCCGCCAGUGGGCGGAGAGGUGGGGCCGAUAGUGGGCGGCGAUGUGGGCCGAGUGGGGGCGCCACAAGGCGGCGGCCGUACCGUGUCCACGUCCAGUUCGUCGUCGUCGUCCUCCUCGUCGCCGGAGCACAGUCGCAGCCGGAGCCGGAGCAGCAGUAGCAGCAGCUCCAGCAGGGCCACCGCCAAGACCUUCGAGAACAAGUCCCUGAUCAUGGGCAGGAUCUUCAAGCAUGCCAGCAGCGCCAAACACACGGCCCCCGUAGUGACGCCUUCGGCUGCCGCGAUGCCGCCAGCGGGAGCAGGCAAUCCAGUGCCCAGUCUGGCCAAGAUCAAGGCGCUGCCCAAGAACCAGGCGAAUCUGGACCAGAUCUUCGAUGAACUGCGCGCCGGGGGAGCUGGAAAGGCGCCCGAGAUGGAUCCACCGCCGGCGGUCAUUCAGGAGAACUGGCAGCACCAGCAUCACCACCACCACCAUCAGCACCACCACCACCACCAGGUGGAACCGAUGGCGGCGCCAGCUGCUCCUGCCGCUCCGGCGGCCAUGCCGGCGCCCAGUGCCCUGCCACCCGGCCGGAAGACCAAAACACCGGCCGGUAAUGCUCGGAAGAAGCCACAAACAAAGCCACCUCCGCCGCCGCCGCCGCCGGCCACGGAGACCGCCUCCAGCCGAAAGCCACGCAAGGAUCUGACCAAGCUGCAGUCGGAGCUGGGCAUGAGUCACGAGGAGAUCGAGCAGCUGAUCGACGAGGGCCAGCGGAAGUCGAAGCGCAGAUGCGCCACCAAUCGACCAAAGAAACUGGUGGAGACCUGGAGCUCCGACGAGUACGAGGAGUUCCUCUCCACCAAGGACAUCAUAGCGCUGAUCGAGCAGAAGGAGCAGCAGGAGCAGCGCCGCAAACGCAAGACCAGUGAAGCCAGCACCCAGCCAGAGCCGGUGGCCACUCCUCCGGCGGUGGUCCCCAAGAAGGCCACCACUCCGCAACGGAAAGGUCGUGACAAGAAGCCCGCGCCGACCGUGGAGGUGGAGCCAGAGGUGGAGCCGCCGCCUAAGCCACCGAGGGGUGCCAAGAGGAACCAGGCACUGCCACCACCACCUCCAGUCGAUCCUCCAGCAGCUCCAGUCAAGGCCAAGAGCAAGCCAACAGCUCCCAAGGCGCCGAAAUCCUCGGCAGCCACCAAAGCCAGCAACUCACGGAAGAGGAGAACCAACGAGAAGCUCAAGGAGAAGGAGGACUCGGAACCGGAAGAGGAGCCGGCGGAGAGAGAGGUCCUGAAGGAACCACCGACCAGGACGCGCAGCUCCCGGCAACCCAAAAAGGGCAAAAUCAAGCCGGAGAGUGAACCGGAGCCGCUGCCGCCGAAGGAACGCCAGAAGGCUCGAAAUAGCAACCAGACAGCCCCGAGGGCUCUCGUGCCCACACCUGAGCUGGCCGCUGUGCCAGUCCCAGUCUCCUCCAGUGCCAGGAGUAGCUCCUCCACCACCAACAACAAUAACAACAGCACCAGCAGCAACAAGAAUCUGAAAACAAAGCGGAAGUCGCAAACGAACCGCCAAUCUCCUGCUCGUCGGAAGCGCCCGGCCAGCGAGAAGCAGCUCUACUACUGGAGCAGCUCCAGCGACGACGAGUUCGGGCGCCUGGAGGCCGACGGCGAGGGCAGUCGCACGGGUGACCGCGGCACCAGGGGCAGUACAGCCGGAGCGGGUGCGGGAUCGGUGUCCGGUGGAGGCGGAGAGCGUCUGGACUUGGAGCCGGCGGAGGAGGAGGAGGCCUCGCCCUCGCCGGGCAAGCACUUUGAGGAGAGUGAGCCGUACCAGAAGCACGGCUGGAUUGUGGGGGACUCGCACAAGAAGCUAGUGAAGCUACUGGCCAUCGCCAAGGGCAGCAAGAAGGUGGACAACUGCGGCGUCAAGCGGCGGACGCCGAAGCGCAAGUGCUAGGAGUGGGAAUCGGAGUCGGAGCACAAGAACGAAUAGCCGGAAUAGGAAUAGGAGCAUUAUAGGAUCACCUGGAAGAGUCAAUAGCCAUAGGCAGCUGACCACCCAUCGCCAUCGAUCAUAAUACGAUCACGUACGAGUACUGCCAUUGUGUCAUCGUUAAUCGUUGAGGCCAGCGCCAGGAGAGGAUCCGGGGGGUUAUCAUCAUGUUGUGUAAAGGCGGAGGAAGGAUGCAGGAGCUGGAGCUGGAGCUGGGCCGUCUCCUGGGCUGGUCCCAUUAACCGUAAUGCGGAGUAUAUGCAACGUAUUUUUUUCUUUCUUUUAAACAUCUAAGCGUUACAUUAUUUAGGUUUUUUUUUUAUUAAAUGUAUUUAUA